CUCAUUGCUCGCUAGGCAAAGCUGUCAGUGAGUGUUUGAGAAGGGGGUUAAGAAUUACCCAAAUCGUUCUCUGUCGAUAUUGUGAAACUGCGUAAAUGUUACGACCUGUGCUCUCGUAGAGGUGUUUGUACAGCCAGGGGAAGCAUAAUAACGCUUUAAUAAGCCGAAUUGCGGCGGAGAAACCGAGUGUUAUCCAGCUAGCUAACAAUAAUAAUAAUAAAUAAAAAAAACCAGGCAAAUGGCGUUGAAAAGGAUCCAGAAGGAGCUGACGGAUCUACAGAGGGAUCCUCCAGCCCAGUGUUCAGCCGGACCAGUGGGAGAAGACUUGUUUCACUGGCAGGCUACGAUAAUGGGGCCGAAUGACAGUCCUUACCAAGGCGGCGUCUUCUUCCUCACCAUCCACUUCCCUACAGACUACCCCUUUAAACCUCCCAAGGUCGCGUUCACGACGAAAAUCUACCAUCCCAACAUCAACAGUAACGGCAGCAUCUGCCUCGACAUCCUGCGCUCGCAGUGGUCUCCUGCACUCACCGUAUCGAAAGUCCUGCUCUCCAUCUGUUCCCUGUUAUGUGACCCGAACCCUGAUGACCCUCUAGUGCCCGAGAUCGCGCACACGUACAAAGCCGACAGAGAAAAGUACAACAGACUAGCGAGAGAAUGGACGCAAAAGUACGCCAUGUGAGAGGAGCGCGUACGUCCGCACAGACACGGCACAGCGAGCGAACGCACAGAGGAACCUGUUUUAACUUUUUUAAACACGAGGAGUAUGAGCGAGCGAGUGAGUGAGUGUGAGAGAGAGAGAUAUGGAUCGACACCGACGCUUUGGGAGAGAGGAAGGUUGAAAGACGCGAGAACACCACCGCACGCCAGCUGUGCGCCGUUAUCUCAGAGCCGCGCCCGGAAAUACGCGCAGCCCGGAAAACGCCCGGGACGACCACAAACCCGGGACUUUUCUGACCGUUGCUUUGGUGACAUAUUGUUUCUCAGUGUCUUCUGUCGCUGGACACCGGAGAUGCAGGCGAAAGACUUCGCUCACCUACGCACCGUCUCCGGGGCGUUUUCUGUACAUAUCGCACGCGUGUGUGUGUGUGUGUGUGUGUGUGUGUGUUUUAUUUUUAUUUUGUUCUUAACAGUUUACACUCAGGGGCCCGGUACGCUUCAUAACCCGUUACAGUAUUAACACGACGGUUCCUCUUCUUUAUUAAGCGAGAUUUUGUUUAUCGAAUGUUUUUAAAAAUAAAUAAUAAAGCAGUACGUCUGUAUUAGAGAACGCAGGACAGGACUCAGGAGUAUCCGUGCGUGUCCCAUUUAAUCCUUCUAUGACAAAGGUACCCUGUUUUCGAUUUUUAUUUUUGCUAGGUAAAACGAUAAGACGUUUCAAAUUCCUGGCAGUCCGGUGUGUUUACAUGCAGUACGGUAAUCUGUUCAUGGAGAAACUCGGUGUCCUCAGUAAACAGAUUUCUUUCUUGAUGCACAGUGUCAAAAGUUUUAGAGGUACACGUGCUGAAUACUGGGACUGAAAUCCAGUUUUCUUUAUCACGCGCGUGUUUAAUUCAGGAAGAGAUCUGAUGCCGAGACCCGAUGACUUUCGUGAGUGCCGGAAUCGGAUAACGAUGGUAUUUAGGCAUGUGCCGAUAAUCGGUUUUGCGAUACGUGGUGAUAUUUAACACGUACGCUUCCGAGGAAAAAAAAAUUUGGAAGGCGGUAUGAAGGAUGUCGAUGUCGUUUUGGGUGAAACGUUCGCGAGUUCGAAUCCCGAAGGCUUGGGAGGGGUUUACUCUCUCUCGCUACUCUGUCAAUCACAGUGAUGCAGCCAGUUGUGGGCGUCUGUGAGGACAUGUAUGGGGAAGAGGGCAGAUAGAGCUUGAAAAGAUGCGGUUGUUUGGCUCCGUGUGUCUCGGAGGAAGCGCGUGUUAGGCUUCACCCUUCCCGUUUGGUAGCUGUCACAUGAUGAGGGAAAGCUGGUGGGCAGAAAUUGGCAGAAACCGAAUUGAAAAUGGGGUGUGAGAAUUUUCCUCAAAUCCGAUCAUACGUUUUAAAGAGGCAGUAUGUAAUGUUUAGAGCCCUUAAAGCUACAUCAAUUUUCCUCAAAACCAAUCAUGCAUUUUAAAGAGGCAGUAUGUAAUGUUUAGAACCCUUAAAGCUACAUCAAUUUUCCUCAGAACCAAUCAUGCAUUUUAAAGAGGCAGUAUGUAAUGUUUAGAGCCCUUAAAGCUACAUCAAUUUUCCUCAAAACCAAUCAUGCAUUUUAAAGUGGCAGUAUGUAAUGUUUAGAACCCUUAAAGCUACAUCAAUUUUCCUCAAAACCAAUCAUGCAUUUUAAAGUGGCAGUAUGUAAUGUUUAGAACCCUUAAAGCUACAUCAAUUUUCCUCAAAACCAAUCAUGCAUUUUAAAGAGGCAGUAUGUAAUGUUUAGAACCCUUAAAGCUACAUCAAUUUUCCUCAAAACCAAUCAUGCAUUUUAAAGUGGCAGUAUGCAAUGUUUAGAACCCUUAAAGCUACAUCAAUUUUCCUCAAAACCAAUCAUGCAUUUUAAAGCAGCAUUAUGUAAUGUUUUAGAGCCCUCUGCUGCCAGUGAGAGGAACACCGACAGACGCUCCGUGCCACCAAACCUACACGCCUUCCGAGUUGCGUUUUAACAAUACUUCUGUCCGAACUGAUAGGAGCAGAUCAUUUCUGGGCCAGAAAAACGCAAUCCGAAGCUUUAAAUGUAUCGUCUGUAAUUCUUCAAGUGCUCUGCUGUCUCUUUGCAAUUUGCAAAUCGUAAUAAUACACACAAGCUUUUAUAUUCGUUCCUGACCAACUCCCAUCUACUAAGCAGCAAGGGGCGGGGCUAAAAUUUCCAGGCCAGAAAAACGAUACGCCAUCGUAUUGUGAGCUUGCAUGUAAACACACUCCGUGCGAAUGUUUAAUUUGCGUUAAAGCGACUGUUUGAAUGAUUCCGGAACGGAUUAAACGGGACGCACAGGUUCCGUACGACGCGACACGACCGUAUUUCGUCUCGAGUGUGUACGGUAGAAACGUGCGCACGUGAGAAGCGACUCGGUAUAACAAGGACAACUUGCGUUUUUAUUUCCUGAAGUGGUUUUCUUUGUUUGUUUGUUUUUCCUGUGAAUGUUGCCUUUAACCCAUAUUUCUGAUUACAGGGUUAAGAACAGUCGUACAAUACCCAAGCCAAGUCCUCAUCCUCUCUCGUUCACCACCUCACGCUGAUUUUAUAGCCCUAAAACCACAUAUGCAUGUUAUGGCAGUAUAUGUUUAAGUGAGUGUUGGGAGUUUUUUGGGAGGGGGUGGGGGGAGGGGGUGGGAGGGAAUCAAGGCCAACGUUUGUACGUUUGUCCGUUAAAAUUUCAGCACGUUUACUUGUCUAAAAAAAACACUUCUCGGAGCAAUACCGUAGCUAAAGCAGGACCGUGAAUACACAAACUCCGUUUUCCCCCUUUUUCAUGCUAAAGAGCGAAAGUGUUGAAUCCGAGCGAGAGCGUAGUAAUCUAUAGUAAGUAACGUUGUUAUACGCUAGCUUAGUCACCGAGCGUGGAGGUUGUAAUCGACGUGUGCCGUGCAGCGCGAGAUCUCAACCCUGUCAGAAGAGGGCAGAUAGAGCUUGAAAAGAUGCGGUUGUUUGGCUCCGUGUGUCUCCGAGGAAGCGCGUGUUAGGCUUCACCCUUCCCGCUUGGUUGCUGUCGCAUGAUGAGGGAAAGCUGGUGGGCAGAAAUUCGCCAAAACCGAAUUUUGAAAUACUGCCGCAUUUUAAAGCGGCAGUAUGUAAUGUUUAGGGCCUAUAAAGCGACAUAAUUUCCCUCCAAACCAAUCAUACAUUUUAAAGCGGCGGUAUGUAAUCUUUAGAGCCCUUAAAGCGACGUCUUUUUCCUCCAAACCCGAUCAUACAUUUUAAAGUGGCGGUAUGUAAUACUUAGAGCUCUUAAAGCUAUAUAAUUUUCCUCAAAACCCGAUCAUACAUUUUAAAGCAGCUGUAUAUAAUGUUUAGGGCCCAUAAAGCGAGAUCUUUUUCUUCCAAACCAAUCAGACAUUUUAAAGCAGCGGUAUGUAAUCUUUAGAGCCCUUAAAGCGACGUCUUUUUCCUCCAAACCAAUCAUACAUUUUAAAGCGGCGGUAUGUAAUCUUUAGAGCCCUUAAAGCGACGUCUUUUCCCUCCAAACCCGAUCAUACAUUUUAAAGCGGCGGUAUGUAAUACUUAGAGCUCUUAAAGCUAUAUAAUUUUCCUCAAACCCGAUCAUACGUUUUAAAGCAGCUGUACAAAAUAUUUAGAGCCCUUAAAGCUACAUCAAUUUUCCUCAAAUCCGAUCGUACAUUUUAAAGGUGCAGUAUGCAAUAUUUAGAGCCCUUAAAGCUACAACUUUCCUCAGAACCGAGCAUACAAUUUAAAGCGGCAGUGCGUAACGUCCGGAGCCAUUUUUAAACGCUUAUUAAACCCGAGGUACCUCAGAAGUCGAAGGUGAACGUCGGUGAGCUGGUUCUCCGGGUUUUAGUCCCACCGUCGAGCUUCCACUCGACUCUCCCGUCGGUCCAUGCGCUCUAAGGAAGCGCCCGUUUGUUUUCCCUAUUCGGAGAACCCGUACGAUUCUGCCACGCUACGUUACGUUUACACGUUGCCUUUGAAAAACACGUCGGUCCGUGCUGAAAACCAGGUGUUUUACCUGUAGCUCAGAACUGUUUGGUGUCGUUCGAGAGAGCCAGUCACGUCAAAUCGACUCAUUUCUUCGUUUGCCAGGUUAGCCGAUGCUCGCCGAUGGACUUGAGAUCUGCCCCAACAAAUCGGUCUGUUCUCCCUGCUUUCUCUCCGAACAACGUUAAGCGACCAGUCAAGCAUCGAUCAUGUCCGGUACGACAGACCGCAUCUGCGAAUCAGCAUGUCUCAGUGACUCGUAGUUGAUUUUAGUAAAUAUAUUUGGUUUCAUUUGGUGUUUUUGUUUUUCUUGGGUUUUUUUUCUUCUCAUCGGAUCCAGGAACCGGAAUACACGGUGUCUGGGAAGCAAAAUGGCAGAUUUGGAAUCUUUAGGGGCGGGGCGGGGGGAGUUCCCCGCAAAAUCGAACACUAUGUUGAGAAUAGGACACAUUCUGUUCUUGAUCUCAGGUCCAGAUGAUGAUGAUGAUGAUGAUGAUGAUGAUGAUCUGGGGUUAAAUACCUCGUCGUUACGUGACGACGAUCUCCAGACCUUGUGAUGUUGGCUGGUCGAGUGCGAAACCGUAAAAGCGAUGUUUGAUGGUAGUCUGCGGGGGCAAAGCUGAACGCCUUCCACUCCCGAGGCCCGGCGUCGACCGGUUUCGGUUCGACACGUCGACGAAAACGUGGCAGGAAACGCGCCUCUCGUGACGAAGAGAGAACGUCGCGUCGUUCCGUCCAUCGCGAUUCGAAUAUUAACGACACGACUAAGAGAACCGAUGAGAACGCGGUCUUCGAUUUUCUGUGGGUUUGGGGCGUCGACUCUUUCUUUCCCGUAAUGAAUCCUGCGCGUUUGGGCCGAGCGUAAGUCUAGGAAGCCAUAUUCAGCGCCCGGCACACCUCGACGGGAUUUGUGAAUCGAUAGACGCUCUUAGGAAAAAAGACGGUUCCUCAGGAGCGCUCUUGGAUGUUUAGUUAAGAGUUUGAAGGGGUUUUUUUUUGUGAGAAGGGCGUUUAAUGUAAAGUCGUUUCAUCCUGUAACGUACUCUAUUGGUUUGAGAUUAAUAACCGGCUCCGAAUAAGACUAUUCGACUCGAUAGCCAAAAGUAUGUGGACACCUGACCGUCACACCGUCACUGUACGUGGUUCUUCACCCAACCACAAAGUCGGACACCCACACAGUCGUCGUUCCCAUGCUGUAGAUUUCCGAUUUCCCUUCACCGGAACGCAAACACCGUUCCAGAACGAUGACGCCUCUGGGCACUAGGCGAGCUCCAUGAAGAACACGCCGUGUGAAGUUUGGAAGAACCCGAGCGUCCUGACCUCGUCACGUAACGCCGGGAUGACGUGAAAUCGGAGCUUCUCGACAUCCCGACGUCGGCGUCCGAUCUCACGAACGCUCUCGUAGCUGGAUGAACACGCAUCCCCACGGCCACGCCCAAGAAUCUAAUCGGAAACCUUCCCGAGAGAGUGGAGGUUACUAUAAUGUGAUGGUCAGGGGUGCACAAACUUUUUUUUUGAUCGUAUAGUGUACGUCUAAAACUUCAAAACUGCUCGAGUUUUACACGUGUCCGUAUUUAGAGUCCUGGAUUUAACCUUUGUAUGUUUUGUAAGAGUGUGCCUUCUGAGUUGCUAGUUGAUGUUGAAGUUAACUCAUUGGUGAACAUCCUGUACUUUUUUGUUGUUGUUGUUUUUGUUUGUUUUUUUUGGAUUGGUUCUGAAUGUAUCCUGUAAACGCUGCUUCUGUCUGGAUUGUUUUUUGUUUUUUCGUUGUCUCCCCCCCCCAGUUAGUGAACUUGACAUUCUGUUCUCACGAGACUGCACGUCGUCAUUGCUAGCCCUGGUUCUUAUAGUUUGUUGUUGUUGGACGUGUGUGUUUAUUUAUUUAUUUAUUUAUUCAUGUAUGUAUUUUGCUAUUUAUUUGUCAUCACGAUCCACUACUAAACUCCGGACGUGACGUGACGUGCUCCUCUAAUCGGCACUGGAACGGAUCAGUACGGACCCACUUUGCACUCUUCAUACAACCGUAUCAGGGAUCUUCUUCUCCAUGCUCUCGCCUCUCAUCAUCAUCAUCAUCAUCAUCGUCGUCGUCGUCAUCAUCAUCAUCGUCAGUCAAAUCUAGCCGUAACCAACCAACCAGAACUGUACUGUAACACGUUUUGCUUUUUAACCCGCUGAAGACUUUUGGAAGGAGAGUGAUGCAGUAAACACACACUCAUUUACACACACACACACACACACACACACAUACAUACACUGAGCCAUGCUAACCUCUCCUGGCCAAGCGUUUAACGCCGAACCCUCGUGUUAGCCCGAGAGAAGUUCGCCUCGAGCUCUCAGAACGGCUGAAACUAAUCUCGGAGGUGUUCUCAUUAGCGAAUAAAGCUCCUUUGGGUUUUAUACUUUCUCCUGGAUUUCAUUCGUAUGUCGGAUGAAUGUCCUGGGGCGCGGAUCGUCGAAGCUCGGAGCGUUUUCAGCCGUUAUAUAUAUAUAUAUAU